CAAUAACAUACGUCAUAUCCAACUAAUUGGAAUAAUAAUCCAAACGGAUGGUGGGUAUUGUAGUGGAUCGGGAAGAAAAAAAACGACAACGCUUAUUUGACCGACCAAUGUAAUAAUAUCCAAAAAAGAAACCACUAUGUAUGCAGAUCACAUGAAUUAUAUGCCACUACCAUUGCCCUCCUUAUAUAUAUAGAUGGACUCAUAUCGUUCCCUCCAACUAUUCACACAAGCAAUUAAACAAAUUAAAUCCUGUAUUACUUAUCCUAAAUAAUAUAUACAUAAUUAUCUGUAUCGAUCUCGUGUUAAUUGAUUAAAAGAAGAAAAAAAAAUGGAUGGUAAGAAAUUGGAGUACAAAGGUGCGGAUGCAUUGAAGGAGCUCGAAAGAUUAACAACAAAAGCAGGUGAAGUUCAACAAGAAAUCUUGAUAAAAAUCCUGUCACAGAAUCGGGAAACGGAGUAUUUAAACAAAUACAUGGGUGACUCAUCAUUAAUAUCGUCGAAAAUAUUGGUGUCUCAGUUCAAAAACCGCGUACCUGUUAUUACGUAUAAGGAUAUUCGUCCUUACAUUAUCAGAAUUGCUAAUGGAGAAGACUCGAGUCUCAUUACUUCCCGCCCCAUCACUGAGAUGCUAUGCAGCUCCGGAACUUCAGCUGGGGAGCCCAAGUUGAUGCCGUCCAUUGCAGAGGAUCUUGACCGUCGUACAUUCCUUUACAAUCUCAUCAUGCCUAUAAUGAACCAGCAUGUAGCUGGGUUGAGCGAAGGCAAAGCUAUGUACCUCUAUUUCAUAAAAGCCGAGAUGUCGACUCCAUGCGGCUUACCGGCUCGAACCGUGCUGACCAGCUACUACAAGAGCACCCACUUCAAGCACCGCCCACACGACCCCUUCAACGACUUCACCAGCCCUGAUGCCGCCAUCCUCUGCUCCGACAGCGACCAGAGCAUGUACUGCCAGCUCCUCGCCGGACUCAUCCACCGCCGCCGUGUCCUACGCCUCGGGGCCGUCUUCGCCUCCGCUCUCCUCCGCGCCAUCUCCUUCCUCGAGCGCCACUGGCGCGACCUCUGCCGCGACAUUCGCGCAGGAAAACUCGACGACCGCAUCACCGACCCUGCCUGCAGAUCCGCAAUGUCGGAUCUGAUCGGGCGGCCCGACCCAGAUCUGGCGGGCCAGAUCGAGGAGAUAUGCGGGGUCGGGAAAACGACGCCAUCUUGGAAGGGGAUUUUGUGUCGGCUUUGGCCGAAUGUUAAGUAUAUUGAGGCGGUGGUGACUGGGUCCAUGUCGCAGUACGUGCCGGCGUUGAGGUAUUACAGUGACGGGAAGUUGCCGUUGGUUUGUACGAUGUAUGCUUCGUCGGAGUGCUAUUUUGGGGUGAACAUGAAGCCGUUGAGCGACCCAUCUGAAGUUUCAUUUACGCUGUUGCCGAAUAUGGGUUUUUUUGAGUUUAUACUGUUGGGGGAAAACGGGUCAUUGUUGAUGGAUUUUGAAGAAGAUGAUGAAGAGGAAGCGUUGCCUCCGACUGUGCUAGUGGAUCUCGUGCAUGUUAAAUUGGGUUGUUACUACGAACUCGUGGUCACAACAUUUUCCGGACUUAACCGAUACCGCAUAGGCGACGUGCUCCAGGUGACCGGAUUCCACAAUGCAGCCCCACAAUUCCGGUUCAUCUGCCGCCGCAACGUGGUCCUCAGCAUAGACAACGACAAGACCAACGAGGAGGACCUCCACCGGAGCAUCACCGCCGCCACCAAGAGCCUCCUCGAGCCCCGUCACGCCCUCCUGGUGGAGUACACUAGCUACGCCGACACCUCCACCAUCCCCGGCCACUACGUCAUCUACUGGGAGAUCAAAAACACAAACGCAACACAGCCGCCCAUCUCCGGCGAGGUGGUGUCCGAGUGCUGCAUCGCGGUGGAGGAGGGGCUUGAUUACGUGUACCGCAGGUGCAGGACAAACGACAAGUCGGUGGGCCCGCUUGAGAUCAGGGUGGUGAAAUCCGGAACCUUCGAGAAGCUGAUGGAUUUGUUUAUUGCACAAGGCGGCGCUUCCAUUAAUCAAUACAAAACUCCGAGGUGUGUUAAGUCAAAAGCCGGUUUGAAGCUGCUUAACGCUAACGUGAGCGAGUGCUACUUUAGCCCCAGGGAUCCUGCCUGGAUUGCUUGAAAUUAACUGGCCGUACCGGAGAAAAGAAAUAAAUAAAUAGUUUAGCGAUCAUCAAGUUAAAAUUGGUCGUUAAUUAGUAAUUACUGGCUCUUAAUAACCGAGUUCUAGUUAUGAUUAAGGGAUGAUCAUAGCAUGUGAUCUUGUAAGAAGUCCAUGCUCAAUUUCGCGUCGCAAGUAAUAACAAUUUUGGAAUUUCGCUGGAACAAUAAAUAAAUAAAUGAAUCUUACUUAAAUCAUAA